AUGGCCGGCCUCCGUAUGAGUGUCGUGGUCAGCGCGACGGCUUUCCUGCUCGGCCUGCUCUUCACCCACUGGAUCGCGGACUCGCUCACGCUAUGGAAGUCGCCCGAGGGGCAGACGGACCCUCGCCUCUGGACCUCCGCGACGUACUACGCCAUCCUCAUGCAUGGCCCUCCGCAGCUCGCGUACGUGUACGCUGGCGUGACGCUCGUAGGGGCGACCACCAUCCUCUGGAGCCUGCGCGACGGGCGCGCGGGCAACCUGAUGUUCGACGGGGGCAGCAUAUUCCUGUACCUGACUGCGCUCGCGAUGUACUUGUAUUCCGUCCUCCCCAACCUCUUCGCGAACUUCUCGACACUUCCCCUUCCAUUUUCAUCCGCAAUCACCGCCGCGAAACUCCCCCCUUUCCCACCUACACUCCGCGAGCCAACGCUCGAGCUCGCGUCUUCCCAUCUUGUCUGCAGCGUAGUCCUCACUGGGGUGCUCGCGCUCCAGGCGGGCCGUUGGUGGGCGGAGCAGGCAGAUGUGGACGAGGAUGACGGGCCGGAC